UAGCCUACACCUUGGUGGCAGCCUGUGUUCUAGUACUCAGGUACCAGCCGGAACAAUCCAGCAUGGCCUAUCAGAUGGCUGCUACGCAGGACGAGCCAGACACCUUAGAGUCCGUUAACGAGGGAAGUGUGGGGAUCCUGCCGGGAGCAGAGGAGGUGUUCUGUGCCAAAAACCUUUUGUUCCCUCACAACACAGAACCCAACAACCUGUCUGGCUUCGUAGUCAACAUCUGUACCAGUACAUUAGGAGUAUUGGUGUGUAUCUUCUGUGUGGUAGCAGUGCAGGGAGGCUUUGCUUCCUGGUCUGUCUCUCUACUGAGCCUCAUAUUUACAGCCUGUCUGGCAGUCACUCUACUGGUCUGGAGACAGCCUGAGAGCAAGACCAAUCUCUCUUUCAAGGUGCCCCUGCUUCCCUUCCUCCCAGUGGCCAGUAUGUUUAUCAACAUCUUCCUGAUGUGUCAGCUGGGCCGAGGAACCUGGAUCCGCUUCUCUUUCUGGAUGAUCAUAGGUUUCAUCAUCUACUUUGGCUAUGGGAUCCGUAACAGUGUAGAAGCUGCUUUAGCCAAUACUGACAGUAACCUGCAUGGAUACAAGCCAGACUGCACUCUCAACGGACAGCCAAUGGACAUCGAGAAGGAAGUCUUCCUACACAACGGCCUGGACCUGGACAACACAGUGGACGAGGAGGACGGGGACCUCUAGAGGUUGGGAGGUGCAGUGCACUUCUCCAAUGCUACUAUCUGAUUACUUUAUCUAUCUCAACUGUCAGAUUAGUACCAUAUACUGUCAGAAAUAUGUUCACAUGAAGGGG